UCUGGUCCCGAGGGUAUGCUAUAAGUACUCGCCCAGCUGGGGCUCUCUCCCUCUCCACACGCUCGCAGAGUGGGGCUCUCUCGCAUUCUUCUCCACGUACGUUUGUCUAAACCUAGCCGCGCGUGGGCAUCCAGACGUAGAGGGGCAUGGCUGCAGGCGCGGGCAAGAAGAUGGGCGGCGGCGUGCCGGCGCUGGGGUGGUGGCUCAUGGUGGUCGGCGCCGUCCGCCUCGCCGUCACCUGGUCCGGCUUCUUCGACGCCGCGGCGCUCGGCUCCGCCACCUACGCCCACGCACAGGUGAUCCUAGGCCUGGCCCCUGAUGCAAGCAAAUUAAGAUUCACGCAUGCAGUGACCGGCGUUCACGGGCGCACGUUCGGGGUGUGGACGCUGCUCUCGAGCACGCUCUGCUUCCUCUGCGCCUUCAACCUCGACAGCAGGCCGAUCUACGCGGCCACCUUCAUGUCCUUCGUCUACGGCUACGGCCACUUCAUCCUCGAGUACCUCGUCUACCGGACCUUCACCGCCGCGAACCUCGGCACCUUCGCCCUCGUCGCAGUGACAUCGAUGGUAUGGAUGCUACUUCAGUGGAACUCCCAUGGACAUGGACCCCGCGUUGCUGCCAAGCAGUCGUGAUGAAGCACUAGUGCUUUUCCUAUCAGCCGAUUAUUAUGCAUUAUUAUGCUUAGAGUCAUGCACUUCGACAUCAUGGAAACCUGUGAUCUUUUACUUUUUCUUGUUUGUUUUGUGUUAGUACUAGGGAACGGCUUCCUCCACUAUAACAUCGUUGAAUAUAUGAGGCAUGCAUGACCUGUUCGUAGUAAAACCGAAGUAUUGUCUAAA